AGGAAGUAGCCUACCUCCGAGGGGUUAUGAGUACUCUCCCUCCUCCCCGCAACUCAUCCCAUGACCCAACAGCACACGCCAUUCACUCGUUCCGUCGCUCGCGUUUGUCAUUCGGGAUGGAGCAACAUGGCGGACGUGAGACAUGAAGUACGGGUUGAAGAGCGUUUAAAAAUAAAAAUCGGUGAAGCAAAAAAUCUCCAGUGUCGUAGUCAUGGUUCAGUUGGUCAACGUGAUGUGUACUGCACAUUGACACUUGAUCAGGAAGAAAUUUUCCGCACUACUACUAUCGAACGAACUCUAAACCCCUUCUUUGGUGAGGAGUUUCAAUUUGAAGUACCAAGAAAAUUUCGCUACCUGUCAGUGUAUGUUUAUGACCGGGACCGUCAUCUGAAACAGGACAAGGUGCUGGGAAAGGUAGCCCUGAAACGUGAGGAACUGAAUAGCUAUCACAAUAAAGAUCAUUGGUUCCUCAUUCGACCCGUUGAUGCAGAUAGUGAAGUUCAGGGUAAAGCACAUAUAGAAGUUAAAAUCGAACCUGUUGUAAAAUCAGUUGACAAUGAGCAGCAGAACAGUAGAGCAGUUGUGAGGCUUAUUGAGUGCAGUGACCUGACAAUAAAAAAUGGAAACUGUGAUCCAUUUGCAACUGUAACUAUGUGCUACUCUAAUGGCAAGCAAGAAACAAAGAAGACAAAAGUUAAGAAAAAAACUGUUUCCCCUCUGUUCGACGAAGUCUUAACAUUUGAACUUCCAGGUUUGCGUGGCCAGAAUCAUGACAGGGAUACAUAUUCAAUUCAGCAAGAAGAUGUUGAAUUCAAUGAACUCCGUGUGAGCCUGUGGCAUGAUGCACCAGGGAUGUCAGACAAUGUAUUUCUUGGAGAAGUUCGCAUACCUCUGAGGGAGCAGCAACAGCAGCAGUUAGCAAGUACAAAUGCAUGGUAUUUCCUGCAGCCCCGAUCUACUAAAAACCGACCAAGUAAAUCUGUUGGCAAUGGUUCAGGCAUGUUGGGAAGUCCAUCCGACAGUCUUGGAUCUCUGAGAUUAAAGAUUCAUUACACAGCUGAUCAUGUGUUUCCUAGUCAUGUGUACAGCCAGCUGCGUUCGUUAAUAUUACAAAGUGUUCAUAUUGAGCCAGUCACAUCGAGUGCAGCAUAUAUACUCGGAGAGAUAGUGUCUUGCAAGUUGGAUGCAGCCCAACCACUCGUGAGAGUGUUUAUGCACCAUGGAGAGAUCGUUCCAAUGAUUCGCGCACUUGCACAGUGGGAGAUUUCUAAAGUCACUGAUGCAAAUACAAUUUUCCGUGGUAACACUUUGGUUUCAAAAAUGAUGGAUGAAGUCAUGAGAUUAGCUGGUCGCCACUACUUACAUAACACGCUUAGACCGGCCAUUGACCUCGUUUUCCAGGAACGCAAACCAUGUGAAAUAGAUUCCAGCCGUUGUAAGGAUCCUAGUAUAAUACAAACAAAUUUAGCUAAUCUUAAGGAGUAUGUUGAAAUUAUAUUUCAAGCCAUCACAUCAUCAGCUCUCCAGUGCCCCACUGUCAUGUGCCAACUAUUCCAUGAUCUCAAAGAGUUAGCAAGUACUCACUUCAAAGAUAAUAAGGAAGUCAAGUAUUCAGUUAUAUCUGGUUUCAUCUUCCUCAGGUUUUUUGCCCCUGCCAUUUUAGGACCGAAGUUGUUCGAUUUAACAACAGAACAAAUAGACUCUCAGACAAAUAGAACUUUAACACUUAUUUCCAAAACAAUACAAAGCCUAGGAAACCUUGUAAGUUCACGGUCUUCCCAGCAAACAUUCAAAGAAGAAUAUAUGGUUGCAGUCCACCGAGAGUUUUAUACAGAAAAACAUAUUGAAGCUGUGAGACAGUUCUUGGAAAUAAUCUCAGCUUCGUCCAACCCAGGUCAUAGAAGUUUAGACUCUCCUGUUGUUCUCAAGGAAGGAGUUAUGAUAAAGCGGGCCCAAGGUCGGAAAAGGUUUGGGCGUAAGAACUUCAAGCAGCGGUAUUUUAGACUGACUACUCAAGAUCUCACAUAUUCAAAAACCAAAGGAAAGGAACCACUUUGUUCUAUUCCACUGGACAAAAUACUGGCCGUAGAACGACUACAGGAAGACUCAUUCAAGAUGAAGAAUAUGUUUCAGAUUGUUCAGCCAGAGAGAGCUUUAUACAUACAGGCAAAUAACUGUGUUGAAGAAAAGGAAUGGAUUGAUAUUUUGACAAAGAUAUGCCAGAGGAACAGCAAUCGACUGAAACGAUACCAUCCCUCUGCCUAUAUCAAUGGAACUUGGCUGUGCUGUAGGUCAUCAAAUGAAUUUGAACCAGGAUGCAAGGAUGUCUCGCCAGGUUCCGAAGCAGGUCUUCAGAUGAAUUUAGAUCCUGACCGAGAAUUACAGAGAAUUCAUUCUUUAUUUAUUACACAUAUGGCUAAAGUGGAAAGUCUGAAAGGUUUCUUUCCAUUCUACAAAACAGAAAGAAAGCACAGGGCGACUGGUGGAAUUAUAAGGGUGGGUGAAAAACCAGUCUCAUGGUGUGGCAGCCAGUCCCCAGACUGCAACAAUGCAGGCAGGUUUCUCCUCACUGGCUCAGCACUUGUUUCAGCACACAAAGAGUCCUGUGAAUGUCAAGCUGUAUAUACUGGUGAUCUGUGUUUCUUGCCAAAUUUUGUUAUUGAAGAUGUCCAGUCAUGCUUCAAGACACUGACGCAAAUCUGUGAAGCUGCUUAUGAAUUGGAACAAGAACAUCGAAAUUAUUUAAGAUCUUUGGCUCGUGAAACUAAGUAUGGGAGCAAGCAAGCACCAAUUGGCGAUGACAACUACCUGUUACUUGCUGCUAGUUUUGGACGUAUGGACAACAGUAUCUUAAGAAAGACUUGCAGUAUACCUAACUGACAAUUACUUCUUUCAUCUUCUGUGAAGUAUGGGAGACUGUUGCUCCAACUAGAGCUUAUUUGGUGCUGUGAAGUUGAUGUUUGAGAAGAUUAAGUGGUAAAAUUACAGAGCUGGCGCAUCAGUGGUAUUUUUUAUUUUUUCAGUUCUUUAAAAAUUAAGCAUGUGAAAUUACAUGCUUAAUAUCAGAAAAGUGUAAUUGUGAGGUUCUGAGAAGACAGAAAUCACAGUGGCAGUGUUCAAAAAGGUAGAGUUGAGAUUAAUGUGUUUUUUUUUCAUAGAAUUUUUUAUUGUACAAUAUGCAUAUGUUCUUGCAUGCAAACAUCCAUAUGCAUAGGAGUGCACAUGGCAAGUGCAAUAAAACAGCCAACUAGAUACUGACUAGAACAUAAAAUUUCUGCUAGAAAUAAAAGUGCAUUUGUGAUAACACAAAAUGGACACCAUGUUACUGCUGUAUAUUUAUAGUUGCAAAAACUGUAAGGUACAAUAAGAAAAGGGCAUUUGUAGGGACUGAUAGAUGAUAUGUUCUCAUUAUGCUGUUGGACAUUUUUAAAUGCAAAGUUUGGUGCUGUUAUAUGAUAAGAAAUCUCAUUUGUAAGAAUAUUGUGUGAUUGGGUAACUGGAAGCAUUUAGUCAUAUUGACAUUGUUCUGUAUCAAUCACUUACUUUUGUUUUAACUCUCAUUCCAUUGUGUAAGACUUGCACACCACACACAACAAAAGUGUUUUACUACUCACUAAUUCAUUGCUUUAUGAAAUGUGACUCAUAAAUUAUUUUAUAAAUUGUAUUGCAUGCAAAGGUUUUCAUUUCUGUAACAAUAGGUGCUAUUAUAAAUAUAUUCCCUGAGUUGUUGACAGCUAAUAUUAUAAUCCACAAAUACUGAUAAUGUUUGAAGAACAGAUCACAAAUUAUUCAUUACAUAACACAAAAUUUUCACAUGCCUCCUUCCAUAGUACUUUCAAGUGCAUUAUUUAUAGAGAACAUUCACCUGAAUAUGGAGAGAUCAUGUCAGUAUUUAAAAAUUCCUAGCACUGUUCUCUCUUACACGUAUGCAUUCCAAAACAAACUUUAAUUAGAUGUGAUUGACUGAUUGUAGUUGGGCAUCACACCCUCAAUAAAUUCCGAGGAGGAUAUGGUCAUUUCCCAAAAGAUUUCAGCUACACUGACAUCAAUGCUGUCUCUCAAAUUUUAUGGAGUUACUGCAAAACUGUCUCUACACUCACAAAUAAGUUACUAUUCUCUUCACACUAACCUCUAUUGAACUGAUAAUGUUCUGAACUUCAGUGUGAGUUUUCCAUUGAAGAGUUUAUUCAUGUAACACCACGUGUACACUCUUGGCACAGAGUAAAUUUGUGCCCAACAAAGGGGGAACAGUCCAACUACAAGCCUUCUUUACUAUUGAGUUUUACUGAAUGGUAACAAAAUCUGUCAUUACCACUUUCGUCGUAUGUUGAUGAUAAUUUCCUGACUUCCAUAGUGAUUCAUAGAAGGAAUACUGUUCUGAACUUAAAUAUAUUAGUUACUUACAUUACCUCAUUAGCUGCUACAGAGUCCUUGAAACAGUUCUCUGACUGGUCAAACACAGAGUGCAACAGUUUAGCUACAAGUAAACAAAAAUUUAUUUUUAAUAUUUAACACAAAUUUGCCAUCUGUUCUUCAGAGAACCCUUAUCAGCUUGAAUGGUACUGUGAAACAGUGCAGCCUCAGUAGAAGAAAGUAAACUAUAUGGUCUACAAGUCAACCACAAUGUUAUUGCUCCUGAGUGAGAGGGCAUUUCAGUCAGCUCAUGAAUUUCCUUUUGCACUUGAAGUCCUCCAGAAUAUGCUCUGCUUUUCUAAUGACCAGACGACUUGUUCUUGAAGCUAUUCAGACUCCACAUUGUAUACAACAGUAAAAAAAAAAAAAGGUUGAUAAUGUGUUUACUACAACGUCACAGUAUAUUUCUGAUAAUGGCCACCACAGGAGGACAAGUACAUAAAUUACACAAAUAAAAAUUGUUAUGUUUGAACUGAUGAGAUUCUAAUGCUGAUAUCGUGUAAUAUUGUAAAUCAUAGCCAUGGCUUGCUUCAGUGGACUUCAUUAACUCCAAAAUUAAUAAUUAAUUUUUACACAUCUCAUACAUUGUGGGACACAAUGAUUGUUUAACAUUCAUGUAUCAUAUAAAAUUGUGACAUUACACUUUAUCAAAUAUGUAAUUAUAAACAACCAAAGUAUCAAUUGAAGGACAUUAUAUUUCCAUUGUUCUGAUUGUGAAAAUUCAAUAGGUAAUUUCUCAUACAUGUGUCACAAGCUCUGAUGCUGCACUGUAUCUAUCUUAAUGUGCUCUCUCUUUUUAAACCAUUGAGGUUCAUGUACUGGCUUCCUCUUUAGAUAUUAAAAGUGUUUAUUGUUUAAAUUAAUGUUUAAUUGAGUGUUGUGUGUGUGUGUGUGUGUGUGUGUGUGUGUGUGUGUGUGUGUGUGUGUGUGUGUGUGUGUGCACGCAAGGGAUAAUCAGUGUUUUCCUAGCUACAUUUAUUAAGUUUAUUUAUUUCACUUUCAUAAGUAGUGUCAGAAGUGUUGUAUAUUAGUUUGUACAGUAUUUUCAUUGACAUGUUGUACUGUGGAGGAAGAUUUAUUUUCCUUACAUCACAAGAGGAAUUUUUUUGUCUCCAGAGAAACCGAUUUCAUAUUUCUGUGUGCCAAAGUGGAACGUGUCAUGUAUUUUCUUAUGCUGACUGAGCAAUUGUUAUCAGAAGCAAAGAAUAACAUUUGCUAUUAGCAAGAAAUGUUCGUUUUAUGUUUGUCAAAUUUUUAAUGACUUUGUACCAAUCUGAAGGCUGUGAAAUUCAACUCACAUUUCUGUGUACUGUUGUGUGUGAAAUUAUUUGUUCUUGUUUUGUAUAGUGUGAUUACCUAUGUAGAAUAGUAAUUACUUUUUAUUUUACAAGACCAUUGUCUUAAGUACAAAUGUUGAGCAGAAAUGCAAAUGUAUUUACAAAUGACUUAUGUACAUUACAAGAAUGAAGUUUGAUUACAAGUGUGUAAGGUAACAAUGUAAUGUAUUGUAAGGUUUUCCCAGUGUUCUCUUUUGUAAAAAAGAAAAAAGCUAACCUGUAAAUUUUUAGCUCUCAUAAUUUUAUACUUUAAUAUAAAGAAAGAUGUUAUGUUUUGUGUUUUUAUACAU